UUUAAAAUUUAAUUUACAUUUUUAUAAUUUCAAAAUGAAAAUCCUUCUGGUUUUGAUGAUGCUACAAAGGUUACUUUAUAGCUACGCGCAAGAAACCUUCGGAUAUUGUACUACGCCUACUGAGCAAAGUGGCACCUGUAUUUAUCUCAGAGAUUGCACCUAUCUAUUCGAGCUGAUCCAGAAGAGGACUUUAUCGUCGUCUGAACGCAGCCUCCUACAAAAUAGCCAAUGCGGCUAUCGGAAUGGUCAGGUAUUGAUUUGCUGCGCAAAUAGUCGCCAACUAAGCGAACAGCCCAUUUGGGGCCAAAAGCAACCACAAUCCCAGCCCCAGCCGCAACCAAGCAUGCCCAUUAGUCGCUCUGGGCUUCUACCCCAGGCUCCAAAUUGUGGCGAUAACUUCGCCGAUCGGGUGGUGGGUGGUAUCAAUACUGCCAUUAAUGAAUUUACCUGGUUGGCUCUAAUCGAGUAUACAAAACCCAACAAUGAUAUUGGACACCACUGUGGGGGAUCGCUGAUCAACAACCGUUAUGUUCUAACAGCGGCGCAUUGCGUUUCCGCCAUACCAAGUGAUUGGCGGCUGACGGGCGUCCGUUUAGGUGAUUGGGACACCACAUCCAAUCCAGACUGUAUCACCGGGCGAAAUGGCAAAACGGACUGCAAUGAUCCGUAUGUCGAUGUGGGUGUUUCGGAGAGAAUACCACAUCCUCAGUACCCCGGAAACACGCGGGAUCAAUUUCAUGAUAUUGCGCUGCUGCGUUUGAGUCGGGAAGUGGCCUUCACGAAUUUCAUUUCGCCUGUUUGUCUGCCGAUACUGCCGCAGCAAAGGAAUACGAUUUUCCUGGGACGUAAAAUGUUUGUCGCUGGCUGGGGUCGUACCGAAACGAAUAACACAUCGAAUAUCAAGCUUAAGGCUGAACUGCAACCUGUGCCUACAGAGGACUGUAAUCGCCGAUAUCAGUCCCAGCGACGUACUCUGACAUCGAAUCAAAUGUGCGCUGGUGGAGUAGAAGGCAUCGAUUCUUGCCGAGGUGACUCCGGCGGACCAUUGGUCAUGGAGGAGUCCAAUAACGGUUACAGCAAUUUUUAUUUGACUGGCGUUGUCUCAUAUGGACCCACACCUUGCGGUCUUGCCGGCUGGCCAGGCGUAUACACACUUGUAUCUGCCUACAUUGAUUGGAUUGAGGCAACGAUAAGAGCAUAAAAACGGAAAAUUGAUGCUU